AGACCGGCACAGCACCCAAAGCUGACGAGGUUUGCGCCUGCAAACAAAUGACCUUCAGCUCCCCAAGAAGGAGCCUGCUGAUCAGAAAUCAGCAUCAUGUCGGGUCAGAGCGAGCCCAGCAGCAAGGAGGAGAACCUGCUUCAAACACCUGAACAGGAACAAGGAUUUCCAAGACAGCGGCAGCUUUCCCCGGUUCAUGCACGCAAAUUUGGAUUAACAAGGAAACCCAGGGACAGGAGGGACUUUAAAGAGGAUGAAAAUCCAGAUGUUAAAGCAAGACGACACAAGGAGACAGAGCUGAAGCCUCUGUAUAAGGAGCUGCUCUACACCAUUGCACAUAAGAUGGGUAAACCUACAUUGGCUGAGGUCUUCACAGACAGCCAGCUUCACCAGUAUAUCCGGGAGGCUUUCAGUAUGACAGAGUCAGAGCACGGCAGUCUGAUGGAGAAAGUACAGAAUACAGAGUCCCCGGUUUACUGUUUGAUGGUUACUGUGAAGGAGGCCAAGGGAAUUCUGGGGAAAGACGUCAGUGGUUUCAGCGACCCAUACUGCCUGCUGAUGGUGCUGGAGAACGAGGAAAAGAAAAAGACAAGCAGCCCACAAGCCAAGCCGUGUAAAUAUGUUGCAAAGGACGUCGUGUCGCAUGAGAAAAUCUGCCAAACGGAGAUCAAAAAGCAAACGCUGAACCCCGUCUGGAACCAAACCUUCGUCCUGGACUUUAAAGACACCAGCGCCAGCUUCCACCUUGAGAUGUGGGACAAGGAUGAAGAAGUGUCACUCACUCAGAAACUGGAGGAAAUCAAAAGCAACUUUAACAGUUUAAGAAGGAUGAUCAAGGAGGCUAAAAAGGAGAAAGGCACAGAUGACUUUUUGGGAAACAUUGUCUUAAAACUACAGGAUCUCCACUGCACUGAGGACAACUGGUACAACCUGGAGCCCCGAACAGAGACGUACCCUGAUCGUGGUCAGUGCCACCUCAACCUAAAGUUCAUCCACAAAGCAAGGGACGGCACGCUGAGCGCCGGCCGCAGUGCUUACAUUAACUACUGUGGGAUUCUGCAGCAGUUUGUCCAAGCUUACAUCUUCAAGCAACAGAGCUCUACGCCGUGGACGGGGGCGUUGUGCGGUGAGGCUCAAACUCUGCUCGAACUGUACGCCACACAGAACAAUCUCUCUCCGUUUCUGCAAGACCUGGCGAAGUGGGUGGCUUACAGUAAACUGUACCAGAACUUGGAGGUGGACUCGUCUGUGAUGUUCCAGCAGCUCACCAGUAUAGAGUACCACUGGCACCAGCAGGAGCUGCCCUACCAACAGAAACAGGAACUUGGUGAUUCUCUUCACGGGUUCCUGCAGUACGGAUUAUGUCUGGUGGCAAAAUACAGAGACAUCUUCCCCCCGACCCCUACUGCCACUCCUAAACUACACACAAUGCUCAGGAUUUUAGUCCAGAUAUGUAAAACCAAGGCUUUCCAAAAACUGAAUCCAGCUCACUUCGAACUUCACGAUGAGGUCAACGACGCCAUACAGACAGGGACGGAGGAGUGGUUCACCAUCAAAAAGGGUUUGCAUCAGCCGAUGACUAAGGACCUGGUGGAAAUUGGGAGCGCCCUGUCCAGAUUGAUUAUGGAGGUGCAGGAGGACAUAAAGCACAACAAGGAUGUGUGGAACAGAGUGUUUGUCAGUGCGGUGCAGGUGGACGUGUUCACUGUGGUCUAUCUCAAGUUCGAUUUCCUGCUUGCACGUGAGGUGAGGGAAACCUUAGCCCUGAUGGAAGGCCAAAUGGAUGAGAAAGUUGCCAAAAGCCUGUUCCAGGUCUACCUGAGCUUGAAGGGCAUCCAUAAGGACAAGGCUUUCCUCCAGAAAAGGAAAUUACUGGAGCUGACAGACUUUCACGAGGGCUUCAGAGACGCUCUGCCAUACUGGCUGAAGCAGGUGUUCAGCACCACCCACAACAGGGUGGAGAGGGCUGUGCAGAUGGACCAGCUCCAGCCACUGCAGACCGGUUCAAUGCCCAUCAAGCACAGCUCGUCAGCCGUGGACCUGGUGGCCUGCAUCCAGCCCAUCUGCCAGCUGUGGGAGCAGCUGUCAUGGCCGGACCCUGAGGAGGCCUUCAUGUUGAUGGUGAAAAUCACUGAGGAUGUGUGCAGGAUUGUGAUGGACUACUGUAACCUCCUGAAGAAGAGGGUCAACGUUCUGUCCAAGAACUCCGACCACAGCAGCGCCAUAAACAUGCUGUGCGUGGUGGUGAAUGACCUGGAGCAUUUACGGGAAGUACUGAGCAAUCUUCCAAAGCAGCUGAACUUUGACGGACUUCAGACCCGCAUUAAAAAUGUCAUCGGGGACAACCAGUUCAAGAAAACACUGAAGCUGCAGGUUGAACAAGCCCAAAGCUUCCUGGAGCGAGAGAUCACAUCAGCAUUAGACACUCUUCGAGGACAGCUCAACACAGACAUUGAGAGUCACGUCAGAAGUAUGUCGACCAGGAAAAGAAUUCCUUCCAAGUCCACAGAGGAUGCUGCAGCCCCUCUGAUGCGUUACCUUGAACAGGAGCUGCAGUACAUGAAUGAAAACCUGGUUCAGAAGAACUUCAACGGUCUCCUGGAACCUUUAUGGGAAAACUCGGUGAAAAUCCUGCAUCAGUUGACUGCUCAGUAUUCACAACAAGAAGGGCUCAUGGUGUUCAGCCAAAGACUGCUGUAUACUCUGCAGAGUCUUGAGCAGUGCUUUCAUGCUGAGGGAAACGGACUUUCUCUGAAAAUUCUCCACUCUGACGAGUACAAGACUCUAAAGGCUCUCCUCACUCACAACUCUCUGAGCAGCCAGCAGCUUGUGGAGAAGUUCUUUAAAAGAAAAAUAACAGAGCAGAGAAACUACAGUGGAGAGAAAUACGGUGCGGUGACCCUCCUCACAUCCUACAGAAAGUCUGACCAAAAACUGAGGGUUGAAGUGCUGAAUGCAGUCAACCUCUUACCGAUGGACUCUAACGGUUUCAGUGACCCUUUUGUGCACCUGUGUCUGGAACCUAACCACAUCUUUCCUGAGGUUGAACCUCGCUGCACUCUGAUCAAAAGCUGUGAUCUCAAUCCGCUCUUUGACGAGUCCUUUGAAUUCCUGGUCUCAUUGGAUCAGUGCCUGGCUCCAGGAGCUUGCCUGGCAGUCACAGUUCUGGACCAUGACACCUUGAAAGCAGAUGAUUUUGAGGGGGAAGCCUUCCUGGCCCUUGAGGACAUACCAGGAGUUUCUAAUGAUCAAGAAGGACAGGAAUCAAUUCCCCAGCCAGACUCAUCGCCUGAGCAAAAACGGCUGCCUCUGAUGCACCCUAUACCUAAUGAGGACAACAUCUUGAAGUUACUGGAGUCAAGGAAAGGAGAGCGGGAGGCGCAGGCUUUUGUGAAGAAGCGACGGCAGCGAGAGAAACAAUCCCAGGAAGGCGUUCGGUCAUAAUAAACACACAAAGACACGUUCUUCCUCCAAAAAUAUACAAUUUGUUUUAAUGAUCAGUACCAAAAACAGAGAAAAAAAGCACUCAGAGGAAAACAUUGGCGCUGAACAAGUUGUGUGGACAAUAUGCAGAGCAUGGGUUUACCAAAGAUCAACAUUUCCACA